GACGGGCUCCUCAUACUCGUGUUCAUAGAGGGCGUGCAAAAUAAGAAGGGCAGGCCGGUCGCCCAACUCCUACAGCUAAGGUCCUGGGCUCCGCAGAGGGCAUCCCUGGGAACCACCACGGCUCGCAGGCCACGGCGGAGGGAGUGAUCGGCAACCUCCACAGUGCGGAGGGCGACGAUGCUGCGGAGGAGGGUGUCCUCGCUCCUCGGGGACCUCGAGCUCGAGGAGGCCGCCACCCAGGUCAUCGGGGCACACAUUGCCGAGGGGGGCGAGGCCACCGGGCGCCUUCACGCCGAUGUUAGGCGCCUCGAUGAUGGACACCAGCCCGUCAACGCCGACUAUGAGGGUGCAGUGGUCGAGGAUCUCGGCGCCACCGCCGAUGCCGCGGAGGAGGGUGUUCUGAUUGGGGACCUUGAGCUCGAGGGGGCCGAGGCCCAGGCCGUCGGGGCACACGUUACCGAGGGGGCCGAGGCCAUCGGGCGCCUUCAUGCCGAUGCCAGGCGCCACGACAACAGACACCAGCCUGUCAACGUCGACUAUGAGGACGCAGGGGUCGAGGAACUCAGUGCCGCCGGCGAUGCCGCGGAGGAGGGUGUCCUGAUCGGGGGCCUUGAGCUCGAGGGGGCCGAGGACCUCGGUGCCGAUGCAGAACACGCCAAGGCCUAGGCCGUCGGGGCGCACGUUGUUGUUGCUGCCGAUGCCGAUGGGGCCGCCGUGGCUGUGGAUGCCGUCGCAGGCCAUGCCGCGCCACACAACGGCGCCGAUGAGGAGGCCGAUCUUGCUCUCGAGAUGCUUCGUGAGUCCGACAGCGUGAUGCGGAAGAGGUACGAUAAAGUGGAGCUGUUUGUCAAUAUGAAGACUGAGAUCUUCCGGGCUGCUUCCGCUGAGAGGAAUUGGUUGGCGGGGGUUCCAGAAGUGCUCCGUGCCCGUGACUUGCUUAUCGAUUGAGCUCUCAAGGCCUUCGAACAUAGGGAGAAGCUGGCUGUGAGGCUGCGUGAUCAGCUGGUCAGGUGAGGCAGGUCUCCGCCGAAUCGUAUCAGGAUGCGGCCGCACAACCUAUCGGCACAUCCUGGUAGGUGAGAGUAGUGAAGAAGGGCGAUAAGUUGCUCGAGGUGUGUUGGAAGUUGAGGUGACCCUAAUACCCACUAUGCAGAUAUUUACAUCUAAUACACACCAACUCACUCUCGAGUCGGUUAGCCUUUUCAA